AAGCUGUAUCUUUUUUUUCCAAAUUAUGCAGGUCUUUACACAGAGCAACGGUUUACAAAUGAAUGUUAUGAUACCUUUAUUUGUUUUACCAGCUAUUGUAAGUGAAGUACACAAUACAGAGCAAAGGAUCAAGCAGAAUUGUGUCAAGAUGUUGACUGAUGAGGUCGCACAGGUGCAGGAGGUGAGAUACUGUCUGAAGACUCUGAGAGAGCAAAUGGCAGCCAGACAAAACAAUAACAACAAUAAUAAGAUUCCGUCCAAUGGCUUUAAAGUUGACGUACUUGUCAGCGAAGCCAAUGGCUCCAAUGGAUUUGUGAAUGGCUCUUUCACUAAAUGUCCGGGCCAGGAGGAUGAUGAAAGCUCUUUAGCCUUGAGAGAAGUCACUAAACAUCUUUACACUCGUCUGCAAGAGAUGGAAAGGAGACACCAGGAGGAGAAAGAGAGACUACAGGCGGAAAACAUUGAAUAUCAGCGGCGGUUUCUAGAGGAGCAUAACUCCCGCAUACAGAAGGCAGAAACCAAGGAGGAGGAACAGGGCAAAAAGGUGGAAGAGAUGCAGAAGCUUAUGUGUAGUUUGGAGCUGGAAAAUACCACGCUACGGAAAAAAUUGGCCACUAGUGAGGCUGAACUUGAGAAACUGCGAGGACUGAAGAAAACGGAUAGUGAGGACAGGUGAGGCCUUUGUUUUUGCUGACCCAAAUUGCUACUGUUCAUU